UUUACGCAUCUUCGGGGUGAUUUUUUCUGUGAUGUCACAAAUGAGCAAAAACUAGCGAAGCAGGUGUGCGUUUACCCUUGUCUCUGCACUCAAGUUAUAAUGGAGCCCAACUCUAUACGCAUGGUCUGCAACUUAGUCUGUAUAUUCUUCCUGGCACGCCACGUGUGUGACAGUAGGCAGGUGCGAUACCGGAAUAUAGGAGACCGGUACGGGCUGUUUCUCUUCCUUAUUCCUAAUCGUUACAUCAACUCUACACUUGGACCAGAGACAUAUGGCUGGCUGGUCAGGAGGUAUGGUCAAGCUACAGUGGACAGGGCGAAUAUACUCCCAGCACCUUCAGACGACCAUCACUGUGGGCAAGAUGGCGGCUGGUGCAGGUUCCGAUGCACAGACAACGACGUCUCUGAUUGGAUGCUGAAGGACGUAUGUGGGCGGUAUCAGUGCUGUGUGCCAAGCAGUGCCCAGAAGAACUAGCUGUGCUAGUAUUGUGACGUUGUACAUAAUAUUUAUGUGUACAUACAGGAAAUAAAGUAGUUUUGUAUUUUUAUAGCUCCAA